UUCAGCGGGAAGAAAGGAGGAGGCUAGGGGAUGGUUUGACCUUUUGACCUAUCCCGCGUCGUCAUCCUCCCGCAGACGUGCUGCUGACGUAGGCGGUCCGCCACAUGUUCGAACGUGCCGUGAACCCGCGGCAGCACGGCACGUUCGGAUCAAGGCGACGUUCUACGUGGGGAAGUGAAGACGGCGUGAGUCACGGGAACCAGGCGGGGGACAGGUAGACCCGGGCUCCUUCGCCAGUGAGACUCACGUAUUCUACCAGUCAGUGGAACGACUGAAACGACGCGGCAGAGGGUUUUUUUUUUUACCGGCGGUGCUGCUCCGUGGCUCCUUUCGCCCCGCUGAAGUCGCGUAAGCGGAGCGGCUCCGGACAUGGGGGUGGUUUAUUCCGAGCCGGCCUGUCAGUUCGCAUAUGACGGCAACUUGCGCCAGCUGUACCACCUUCUGAAAGACAACCCCAAGACCCUCAACGUCCAAGAUGCGGAUAACGGAGACACGCCUCUCACCGCUGCCUGUCGCCGUGGUAACCAGAGGGUGGUCCAGUACCUGUUGGACCACCGGGCAGACGUCAGUGUAAGAAACAAGAAACAGAGGACGUGUCUGCACUAUGCAGCCAAGAGGACCUUCUCCUUCCUGGACUACCUGAUGAUCACCAUCCUCAUGCCCAUACUGCUGCUGGGAUACUUCAUCAUGGAGGAGAAGCAGAGGAAGAACGUGAAUCUGAUGAAGCUGGUGCUGAGCAGCGAGGUGCAGAUCAAUGCUGUGGACUAUAAAGGGAACACAGCGCUCCACUACGCCUGUCAGAGGAAAAGCCACAGACUGGUUCCUCUGCUGCAGGAAAAAAAUGCUGAUCUCACGAUAAAGAACAACAAUGGAGAGACAGCAUUGGAUAUUGCUACUCGACUCAAUUUUAAGAAGAUUAUCGUCCUGUUGCGGAAGGCUGACUGAAAGACGGAUGAAUGCACAGACAGGACGGACAGGAAAUACAGCGUGACAUCAAAAAGACCUGAAAUCUGCCUGAGGUCACAGGACAGCCUUACCGUGUUCCUGGAUGAGACGGCGGCUUCAGUAGCAGAGAUUUACAGCCAAUACUUACUUUUGUUUGAAGGAGUAAGAAAAGUUAUCGUAGGACGGGGGAAGGGAAACCGCUUCUAACCCCAAAAUAAAGUUAUUUAUUGAAACAAAAAAAAUAGAUGCAUGGACAGAAACCCCUUCAGACUUCAUACAGCUGUUCCAUGCAUUAACACUUGAGGCUCUGGCUGUUGGUGUGGAUACAGCCUUCCUCACUGAUUCUACGAGUGUUUGACAACUACAAAUAGUUUUCCCGUUGCAUUAAAAGUGAUUCUCUUUGGUUAGCGUUCUAAUAUUUUGCCUUUGGAAACCGUUUCCCUGUAUCUACUCUACACCUUUCAGGUUUAUACUUACAUUAGUCCAGUGAUAGCAUGCACAGCUAGUUUGUUUGGGUUUUUUUUUUGUCCUGCAACAAGGCAUACAGAUACUGCCGAUAUUUUACCUGUAAGGAUUCCAAAGCAUCCCCACUACAUGUUGUGAAAGAAUGUGAAGAUAAAUGUAUAAUGGUGUGAUAUAGUUUUAUAAGCCCUCAUAAUGCCCUUUUUGUUAAUAGAGAUGUUAGAUAGGAAAGUGGAGAACAAAACUGCCACAGAUCAUUAAACAUUUCUCUGUGCA